CUCUCUCUCUCCCUCACUCUCUCUCUCGUCCUCUGUCUGCCUCUGUCUGCCUCUUUCUCUUCUUUUCUCUCUAUGUUGUGCAGCUUGUCUUAAUGGUCUGGCAGGAGGACAAACUCCAACUCGUCUCUUUUGUUCUCCUUAUCUCCUUCUCUAUUUGUGUCUUUUGUUCUGUGCCACAGUGGUCUCUGUCUGCCUUUGUGUUUGGGGGGAUUCCAGCUUGUGACCUCGCAAACAGUGGGGGAGUGCUGACAGGAUUCUCCCGCACUGAGCGCGUGCGAGCAGACAGGAAAGGAGAGCAGGCCAAGAGGACGACUCUCACACAGCUGCAGAUUCUGUGAACCGUUUGAUCAUGGCUACCAGACCAUAGAGAGAGAGUUCUCCUGAGAUGAUUAAGCGGGAACUGGACUAAAGUACCAGGAAGGACACUGGCCAAAACCCACUGUGGCCUAAGCUGAGUGGUGCAACAGUAUAGUGAACCACAUCAAGUCUACAUACUUGUCCAAAAGACUCCAAAAGAAAUGGAGGUGGUCACCCUUCAACAGUCGCUGUUUCUGCUGGUGGUCAUCUUGGACUCUGCUUGUGCUGAGAGUCUGGUGCGACUGAAUCUUGGCUUGGAUGUUACGAGAGGACAGUCUGUGUUUGUGACGGAAAAAGAGUUACAGCUAGGCGCCACGGGGGCAACAGACUCCUGCAAGGUGGAGGUGCUUCUCAAUGAACCCGUCACUCAGAGGGUGGGCAAGCUCACCCCCCAGGUGUUUGAUUGCCAGUUCUUACCUGACGAGGUGAUGUACGCACACAAUGGCAGCCCUUUGCUGGAGGAAGAUGCCGUCAUGCUAAGAGUUUACAGAUUCACGGAUAUGGAUACGAAUAUUGAGACCUUCCUAUUGCGAGUGAGGAUUGUGGAGCACAGCAGCAAGCUUGUGGAGUUUGGUAGUGUCCCCCUUGUGGUUCAGGAGUUCUACGGCCUCUCCAAUGCCCUAGACAGCCGGGUGUUGACCUUCCCAACUCGCCCAGAGGUUGUUUGCACAGUGCGACUCUUGACCUCUGAGACGAAUGCUCCCACGCUUGGGCAGCUGGUCACAGAGGAUCCCGUCCAAGCAGCCCAAGAGAAGGUUCUAAAUGCUGCUCCAAGAAAAGGUAGACAAGCCAGCAUCUCCUGUCCCGGAAACAGACCCUGUCUCCAUAGCAACAGGGAGGUGCGUUUCCUGAAGGUUACCUGCAGUGAGUUCCUGACUUCAGGUCUGAAGUAUCAACAUCUCAGUCCGCCUUCUCCGGAGAUCGACUACAUCCCCAUCAGGGUAGAACUGAGAGACAAAACCUCUCGGGCUUUGUUAGAGGCAGAAAGUGUGUGGCUUCCAGUCUUGAUCCACGGUGCGAUGCCCAACCACCCUCCCCAUGCAGCCUUCAUGUCCAUGUUCAUCUUGGAGGUGGACCAGUUCAUCCUCACCCCCAUGACCACUGCCGCUCUGGACGCCAAGGACCACGAGACCCCCCAGGCUCGGCUGGUCUUCAAUGUGACAAAGCCCCCUUCAGAAGGCUACAUAACCCACCUGGAUGACCACACCAAGCCUGUUGGCUCCUUCUCCUGGCAGGACCUAAACGACAUGAAGAUUGCCUAUCAGCCGCCCAACAGUAGUGUGACUAACCGCAGGAACUAUGAGGUCGAAUUCGUGGCCAUUGAUGAUUCCUUUGACACCAGUUCCCCAAUCAUGGUGGAUUUUUCAAUCCGUACAGCAGAAACAAAUGCUCCUCGAGUGUCCUGGAACAUGGGGUUGGAUCUGCUGGAGGGCCAAUCGCGGCCUAUCACCUGGGAGAACCUGCAGAUUGUGGAUAAUGACAAUAUCAAUGCAGUCACUCUGGUGGCUGGGGGGCCUCUUCAUGGGAAACUCAGUGUUCGAGGUGGAAAAGGCUUCAUGUUUAAAGUGAAGGAUCUUCGUGAGGGUGUGGUGGUGUACCAACACUCCGACACAGACACCACCCGAGACUACAUCAUCUUUCGCAUCACCGACGACCGUCAUAGCACUCGCCACAAGUUCCCCAUCAACAUACUGCCAAAAGAUGACACGCCUCCCUUCCUCAUUAACAACGUGGCCUUCGAGGUGCAGGAGGGAGGGUGGGUGCGGGUGGAGGAGUACAUGCUCAUGGCCUCCGAUCUGGACUCCAGCGAUGACUACAUCCUGUACCAGCUGCUCACACAGCCACAUGCUGGGGAGAUGGUGAAAAAGACCUCUGCGUAUGAUGCAGGGGUCCCUGUGAGCAGCUUCCUGCAGCGAGACCUGUUUCAGGGGCUGAUCUACUACCGGCACUCAGGGGAGGAGGUGUUUGAGGACUCCUUUGAUUUCAUCCUCUCUGACAGCCAUCAGCCGCCCAACCUCUCAGACCGACAGACAGUGGUGGUCCAGGUGUUCCCUGUCAAAGACCAGCUCCCUGUGGAAGUGUCCGGAGCCGUGCGCUCCAUCACUCUGAGGGAGACCGAGGUGGUGUACCUCACCCAGAGCCACCUCCACUUUAGGGCCCCAGAACACAGCGACGCGGACCUGGCCUACGUGAUCACUCAACCCUGCUUCAGCACCAUCAAGCCUGGAAUGCCGGAUGCAGGAAGAUUGUUUUUCACAGACAGCAGCCAUUCCAUGAAAAAGGAUUAUAUGAUGCCAGUGCUCAAGUCAUUCACUCAGAAUGCAGUGAACCACCAUAAAGUAGGCUACAUGCCUCCGAUCGAGGACAUCGGGCUGGAGCCUCUCUAUGUGCAGUUUGUCUUCUCUGUCAGUGAUCAGCAUGGAGGCACGCUCACUGGCCUCGUCUUCAACAUCACAGUCAUUCCUGUGGACAACCAGAAACCAGAGAUGUUCACCAACCUGCUGCGCGUGGAGGAGGGCGGGGGUGUGUUCCUGACGGAGGAGCACCUGUUGAUACGGGAUGUGGACACCCUCCCAGAAGAUCUGCGCGUGAGGCUGGAUGCUCCUCCACGCCACGGGAGGCUGGAGCUGCAGGGCGUCCCGCUACAAGAGACCCACAGCUUCUCCCUGCUGGACAUCCGAGCCCUGCGAGUCAGGUACAUCCAUGAUGAUUCUGAGACUGUGAAGGACACUGCAGUCCUUACAGUUACGGACGGCACCAGCUCUACGCAGGCUGAACUUUUAGUGCAGGUUAUGCCUGUGAAUGAUGAGCCUCCCCAGUUGGGCCCAGGGUUGCGUGCUGGGCUGUCGUGCGCGGAGGGAGGGCGUGUGCAGAUCACGGUGGAGUACCUGUUCGCCACAGACGCAGACAGUGACGAUGCGCGCCUCACCUACAUGCUGGCCAGAGCCCCCACCCAUGGAGAGCUCCACCGAGGGGGGGGCCCCGUGGACAAGUUCUCCCAACAGGACCUCCUGCAAGGAACGGUCUACUAUAUCCACACAGGGGGAGAGGUUGGACCCUAUUCAGUCUCAGACUCUGUGACACUUAUAGUGUCUGACGGAGAAGCAGGAGGACAGGACAUCUGUUGUCAAGGAGACGUCAUGCCCCCGCCCGUCCCUUUGCAUGGCACUCUCCCUGUGUAUGACCUUAACAUCACAGUGACCCCAGUGAAUGACAAGGCACCAUCAGUGACCAUAGGUGAUAUGUUUAUAGUGGACGAGGGCUCCUCUGCCUGUCUGUGUCAUGGGGUUCUUGGAGCUGUGGAUCCCGACACGAACCCCGAUGAACUUAUCUUCCAUCUUGAAACACCUCCUCGCAAUGGCUUCCUUGAGAACACUCUUCCUUCUCCUGGGUUUGAGAAGAGCAAUGCUGGAAUUAAAGUGGUAUCUUUCAGUCUUCUUCACCUCAAUUCCGGCUUCAUCAACUACAUCCAGGCGAGACACCGGGAUACGGAGCCCACAGCUGACCAUUUUGUGGUGAGCGUCAGUGACGGAGUCCACAAGUCUACGGCUGUGCCGUUCUACAUCAUCAUCAACCCCACCAACGAUGAGCCUCCAUCGCUUCUUCUCAACAACUUCACUGUGACAGAAGGGGGCAUGAAAGAGCUGACUGCGGCCAUCUUGGAUGUAGCAGAUCUGGAUGCCCCUCCCGACACCCUGACCCUGACUGUCACCAGCCCUCCAACGCAUGGCACCCUAAUCAAUGGCAUCUACGGCCUCCAGAUGAAUCGCUACAAGAACAUGGGCCAAGAUCUCCUGCGGCGCACCCUGUCUGCUCACAGCUUCACCUUCAGAGAACUCAGAGAAGGGAUGAAGAUCGUGUACAUGCACGACGACACGGAAACCCUCCAGGACUCCUUCGCCAUACAGCUGACAGAUGGCAAGCACGCCGUGCAGGGGACAGCGCAGGUCCACAUCCUAGCAGUCAACGAUGAAAAGCCACGUCUGCUAAAAAACACAGGUAUGGAGAUGGAGGCUCAAGGUCACAGGGUCAUCUCCAGUGUGGUGCUGGAAGCAGUGGACCAGGACACUCCAAACGAUCAACUCUACUACAUCCUCAACGCUGGACCCAAGUUUGGCCUGCUGCAGCUGAAGACACAGAGCGGAUGGAUGGAUCUAACACCAGGGCAAAACUUCACUCAGGAGGAUGUGGAGCUGAACUUCCUGUGGUACACACACACAACCCUCACUGGGUUCAAAGGUCAUGACCGCUUUGUGUUCUACCUGACCGACGUGGACAACCCCUCACCCCCUGGAAGUUUCUUCAUCUCGAUACACACUCCACAGAAAGGUGACAUUGCUUUGGUCACUAAGCCAGUGGAGUUGGUGGAGGGUGAGAGGGUCAUCCUGACCACAGACCACCUCCUGGCCUCCGACAGUGGCAGCUCAUCAGAGGAGCUGGUCUAUGCCGUGUCUGUGCCACCCAAGCAUGGCCACCUCCACAUAGUGCAGCACCCGGGGGUGCCACUGACCUCCUUCACCCAGAUGGACGUGGCAGCUCACCGUGUCAGCUAUACCCAUGACAACAGCCACACGGAGGCCCAGGACUACUUCAGCUUUGUCAUUACCAAUGGCGUAUCCUCUAAGACUGGCUCCUUGAUGUUUUUGAUAGACCACAGAGACCGCAUCCCCCCAACCCUGGCCACCCACACAGGCCUGCACCUCACAGAGGGGAGUUCUCAGUCCCUCUCGUCUGAGAACCUGCUGCUGACGGACCCUGACACGGUCCAGGAGAACCUGACCUAUACCAUUACGCAUCUCCCCCAGUACGGCCGCCUGCUUCUGAAGGGCCUCCCUUUAACAUUAGCCCAAAACCGGUUCACUCAGGUCAACAUCAACAACAUGGACCUGGUCUACAAGCACCUGGGUGGACCAGCCCACAUAGAUCAAUUCAGCUUCCUUCCCUCAGACGGAACCAACCGAGGUUACCUGGAGUAUGGCCAGCUGAAGGAAGACCCCGUGGUCUUCACCAUACAGGUGGAGCAGCUUGAUAAGACCCCUCCGAGUCUGGUUUCCAAGGGGACCCCCAGCACCGUGGACAUUCUCCAGGAGGGUCAGCACGUCAUCUACAUCACCUCCAAAGACCUCCAGGUGUCUGACCCCGACAGCCCGGUCCAAGAGCUAGAGUUCACCAUCGUUCGGCCCCCACAUUUUGGACACUUGGAAAAUGCUCAUACAGGAGGGUACAUCAAGGGCCGCUUCACCCAGAGAGACCUGGAUCAGAAGGCCAUACGUUACAUCAUCCCGGCCGACAUGGAGGUGACUGCAGACAGCUUUGAGUUCCGGGUAACAGACCCGGCAGGAAACACUAUGCUGCCUGAAGUGCUGGAGAUGAGAUGGUCACGUGUAGAGCUGUCUGCCACCUGCUACCGAGUGUGUGAGAAUGCAGGGACACUGGCCAUACAGGUGACACGCAGAGGAAACAGCAGAGACCCGGCCUACGUCACAAUACAGGUUGAGGAGGAUACUGCCAAAGUGGGGAAGGAUUUCACACACAGCACUGCUGCACUCAUCCAGUUUGAUCCAGGUGUAAACAUAAAAACAUGGAACAUUUACCUGAAAGAUGAUGGGCUGGAGGAGAACCAUGAGAAGUUUGAUGUGGUUCUAAAGGCACAGAAGAAUACUGUUCUGGGUCCAACGGACAGAGCCAGGGUAGAGAUUAUUGACCCAAGAGGAGGCCGGUGUGACCCAGCUGAUCUUAUAGAUGAGACUAAAGACCAACUGCCUGCAAGAGCGCCCCCUAGUGUCCAUCAACCUCAGUCUGUGCCAAAGACAGAACACUACCAGGAUCCCCAUACUGGGAUUGUCUGGGAAGGCCGCCCUCCAAGGGGUGAUGUUCCAUCUCAUGGCCAUUUCCUUGACUCUUCUGAGGGGAGAGCACAGGACCAACCAUAUCAUCCACAAGGCAAGAGGCUACUGGUGGGCAGAAACAGCCACAGAAUCCAUUCGGUGAUCCCCUUAAUGCUGGUGGAGGACAGACUUUUGAGCUCUGAUCAAAGACCACCCGCUCAUCCAGACUUGGAAAUCACCCCCAUCUGGUCAUGGACCGGCCAGAUCCUCAGUGGGCACAAACCUGAAGAGGUCCCCCUCAGAGACUCCGCCCCCAAUCAUUCUGACACAAGGAAACGUCAGCGCCAGCGAAAGUCGAGUAAGGCAGUGAGUCUGGACUGUCCCUCUGGCUGGACUCACUACAGAAAGCGUUGUUACAUCCUCGGCCCUGGAGUGGCCAGUUGGAGCAGUGCCCAGCAAGCCUGCUCUGUGAUACUUCACAGCCAGUUAGCUGGUAUUCACUCCAUGACUGAUAUGAAGUGGAUGUGGAGGUUUGCUGGAAAGCAGCCAUUUUGGACAGGGCUGACCGGAGCCAUGGGACAGUGGACCUGGACAGAUGGGAAGCCUUUGUUGUUCUCCAAACUUCAGAUGAACAGAGAUUCCAGUUCGGACCCCAGCUGUGUGUUGGCUGAAUCCCAAAGAAAAUGGACUCAAAAAAAUUGCAUUACAGGAGACGAGUACAAAUAUAUCUGUUCAGCCGCAGCUCAUAACAUCUGAAGGAGACUUUAUUGCCACAUUAUAGUGUGGAAGAUUGUUCAAAUGUCAAUAGCUUAAUAGAAAUAUCUUGUUUGUGAGAUAAAACAAGCUUAAACAGUUUGAUUUCCUAAACUCUGUAUCAA